UCCGGCUGCAGCUCUUGUCUCCCACUCUAUCCCCCUUAGAGCAGGCCAUCCUUUAGGAGCUGCGAACUAGUGCCCGACAGGGGAUUGUCUCCCAUGGCGAGUUGCUCAAGGAGCGAGUCCUUAUGCAGUGUGGACUUAGUCUUGUCUCCAUAUGGACUUCAAUCAAUACGAGGCCAUGAUGGCUGAAGCGAAAAAACAAAGGGCGAGUAAGAAGAAGAAGAAGAAGAAGAAGGGAGACUUGCAGGGCGAUUCUUCUCAGAUGGAGGAUGCCGCUGCAGCAGAUAACGAGCCUCCUUUAACUCAGGUGAUCCCCCCUGCGGCUAUGUCUUCUAGGGGACCCAUAUUUCAUGAUCCCACCCUUUCUGGUCCCGCUCUUCGUCGUGCAGUGCACCUUGAGAACCUUAUGGAGCUGGCGACCAUGUCUCUAGGUAUGGAAGAAAAAGUGGCUGAGAUGUACCGGGUUUCUACAGAGUCGAGGGAGAAAUAUGUUGCCACACAAAAUGAGCUAUAUGAAGCCCGGGCCAAUGCUGCUCAUCGGGAGAAGGCUCUUCAAUAGGAAAUCAUGAGGAUUCGGAAUGAAGAGAUCCCUGCUGCUGCCAACGCAGCGGUAUCAGACUAUUGAAACUCCAAGAAGUUAUCCUCGAUACUUCUAAGACAUACCGAGCAGGCUUUCAGAGGUGCUGAGAGCAAGUUAGGAGGAUGCAUCCCGAUCUUUCUCUGACUGGUGUAUGCUCAUAUGGUUAUGGCAAUGAGAGCCCAGAAUCAAAGGAGGAGAUGGAUGAGACCCAAGAGUUUGAAGAGGAAGGUGGCAAAGGUAGUAAAGUUGGUGAUUAGAAAGUCCAACCUGACAUUUUAUUGCUUUUUCUUUUGUAAUUUGGCUUUUCAAGCCUUUGUAACUCGUUACUCAAGGGUACAACUUAUGAAAUGGAAAUUUAAGAAUAGUACUUCUUCAACAUAUCA